CCACGCCCUCUCUCUUCCCCCACUUCAUUUUUUCUCAGUUUCCUUAUACAACAAUCUCUCCACUUGCCGGACUCCGGCGCCAUGUCUAAAACCAUAUAGUUCCCGGCUGUUUUCCCGGCGAAACCAUUUGCUACUGCCGAUAAUUCCGGUUACAGUUACGGUAAAUCCGUUUCAAUUGUUAGACAAAGUUUGAAGAUAUCCUGGAAAAAUCUCGAUUGUUGGUCCUAUCGCGGGAGUUGGGUUUGAAUUUUCAUUUGAUUCGUUCUUGUAUCGACUUUUUUUUUUUUUUUUUUGUCUGUCUAUAGAGAAUUGGGGUUGUUUAGGGUUUCUCAAAUUGUUGCUGGAAGUGGGGAUUUUUUUUGGUCCAGAUUUUGAUAGGAGUUUAAAUGUUUUGAUUUGUUAAAUUUGAUGGAAAGAACUAACAGAUGGAGAUUGAUUGUGGGCAAAGAUCGGAAUUGUGGGUUGAUACUGGUUUUUCUUUUUUUUUUUUUCCUUGACAAUUUACCAAAAUUGAUUUGUUGUCAGAAAUUUGUUUGAUUUUGUUCGAAUAUAUUAAGAUACUUGUUUUAAAUGAUAAAGAAAGCUCGUUUGGAUGAUAUUAUGGAGGAAAUAGAAAAUGAAGAAGAGGAAGUAAAUAGUUUUUCAAUAGUCAAUUGGGGGGAAGGAGUGAAUUAUGGUUGUUGCCGAAUUGGGCCAAGUGAUUCACUUUUUCCUGGUCUUAUUGAUGAUGUUGCCUUGAACUGUCUCGCGUUCGUGUGUAGAUCAGACUAUGCUUCUUUAUCAUGUAUAAAUAAGAGGUUUCAUAAGUUAAUCAAAAGUGGGUAUUUGUAUGGAUUGAGGAAGCAACUAGGUAUAGUAGAGCAUUGGGUGUAUUUAGUUUGUGAUCCAAGGGGUUGGGAAGCAUUUGACACCAUGAGAAACAAAUGGAUGACGUUGCCGAAGAUACCUUGUGAUGAGUGUUUCAACCAUGCUGAUAAGGAGUCAUUGGCUGUGGGAAGUGAGUUGUUGGUUUUUGGGCGUGAAUUAUUUGAUUUUGCAAUUUGGAAGUAUAGUUUGGUUCAUCGUGGUUGGAUGAAGUGUGAGGGAAUGAAUCACCCCCGAUGUUUGUUUGGGUCUGGUAGUCUUGGUUCUAUUGCCAUCGUUGCUGGUGGUAGUGAUAAGAAUGGAAAAGUUUUGAAUUCAGCAGAGUUAUAUGACUCUACAUUGGGUAAAUGGAAAAUGCUACCCAAAAUGAAUUCACCACGCAGACUGUGCUCUGGUUUUUUCAUGGAUGGCAAAUUCUACGUCAUUGGUGGGAUGUCAAGUCCUACUGAUUCAUUAACAUGUGGGGAGGAGUUUGAUUUUGAGACAGGGGAAUGGAGGAAGAUAGAAGGGAUGUAUCCCAAUGUUAAUAGAGCUGCCCAGGCUCCUCCACUUGUGGCUGUUGUCGAUAACCAGCUGUAUGCAGUUGAGUAUAUGACUAACAUGGUGAAAAAGUAUGACAAGGUGAAGAAAACCUGGGAUGUGUUGGGAAGGCUACCAGUUAGGGCUGAUUCUUCUAAUGGUUGGGGUCUGGCAUUUAAGGCUUGUGGAGAUAAACUUUUGGUUGUGGGUGGCCAAAGAGGUCCAGAAGGUGAAGCUAUUGUGUUGAACUCUUGGUGUCCAAAAUCAGGAGUCGAUGAUGGGACCCUGGAUUGGAAGGUUCUUGCUGUGAAGGAGCAUGCUGGGGUAUUCGUGUACAACUGUGCUGUCAUGGGUUGCUGAUAAUUCUUUUAGAUUGACUCAAUGGAUGAAGCAGGUUUCUGCAACCCGCACUGCACUUUAAGGUGCUUUCCUGCACAUUAUUUGAUUGACCAAAAUUAAUUGAUGAUGAGCUAGCCUUUCACAACCUGUGAAUUCAAUUUCCUUGCUUAACAUGUCUGUAUCCAGAUUCUCUAUGAUUUUGCAAUUUAUCUGCUUUAAGGAGUACUCAGUUGGGUCACUCUGAUCUUGUAUCUUUCACAUCCCUUUCCUGUUCGACAGUCAAAAGUAUUUAUAUCAAUAAGUUGAAACCUUCAUUGUUGAA